AUGUCAGUAUGGAACAGGCCAGGGAGAACCUUAAAAGUAAGGCAAAGGCAAGAUUGUGGUUUCAUUGAUCCUUGUCCUGUUGUAAGGGAUAACAAAGGUUUUGUGUGGGGGCCAAAUCAAAAGAAGAAGGAUGCUUUUCAUGAGUAUGAGGAUGAAGAAUGGAUUGUUAUUAGUAAUAGUAAUGAAAUCCGCGAUGGACGACGAAAACCGUAUAUGUGUGCUUUUCACGCAAGCUUACCAUCAGUGCCCAGAGAUUCUAAGAUACAGAUCAGUGGUGUAGGUCCCAUACCAUUUCCCCCCGAGGAUCCUUCUAAGGGAGAUACAUUGGAAGAAAGGGUAAAGAUGCUGGGCAUACUUGAGGUACGUAGGCGUGUCAGAGAGACAUGCGGCUUCGAAGUAUACCAGCGAUUCUAUCCAUUCCAAUGA